AUGGCGAAGAACGCUCCUCUUGGCCUCGCUGGCCUGGUCCUCCUCGCUGUUUCCCUCCUCUUCCUCUGGUUCAUCAUCCUCUCAGGCUUGACCUCUACCACGCCAUUUGACAAGACGUAUUUCCUCCGCGCCGACACUGGCGGCAUCUCGGGUGCCCGUGAAGUCACACAAUGGAACUUUUUCUACAUUUGCGGUGCCGGCAACAACGAUUGCGAUGGCGCUCGCGCUGCCCCCGUCAUCGGUCGCGCGUGGGACUCAAACCCACGUAAUGCGCCCAGCUCGCUUGUUGGCGGUCGUGCUGGUGACACCACAUCGAACAGACAGUUCUUCUUGUGGCGGUUUGGCUGGGUUUUCAUCCUGAUCACUCUUUUCUUCGAGACCAUCGCCUUCUUCACUGGCUUCAUUGCCUGCUGUGGCCGUCUUGGUGCUGGAAUCUCUAGUCUCAUGUCCAUGUUCGCCCUGUUCUGCUCCUCAGUUGCAAUGUCCCUAAUGACUGCUACCUGGGUUCUCGCUCGCAAUGCCUUUCACCGUGACGGUCGAUCGGCCUCGAUCGGCCGCUAUGCUUUUGGUUUUGCGUGGGCAUCAUGGGCCACUUUGCUCAUCGCUACCAUUCUCUUCUGCUUAGGCAUGCGCGGCGACAAGUCGUCAAGCGGAGGCUACAGCGGCCGCUCAUGGCGCCGUAGACGAAGCGUGCGCAGCAGCCACGGCCCAGGCUAUGAGGGCCGCCGUGUUAAGGAUGACUAUUCCUAA